AUGGAUUUGUUAAGUGACAGUUUAUUAGAUAAGAGAGGCAAGUUGCUGGAUUCCUUGUUAGCUGGGAAGAAAGUUAGCAUUUCUAAGAAAUCGAUAGAACCUGACUCGUUAGAAAAGAAGCAAGUAAGGGAAGCAGUUUUAAUAUUAUUAAGAUUAGGAUAUGAAUUCCAUAGUAUUGUGGAGGAGGGUGAUAUAAAUGCUAAUUUCCUUGAAGAUGUUUACAAAGAUAUGAGAUUGAAGAUCCCUUAUAAGGUUGAUAGUGGGAGAGAUACUGAGGAAAAGUUGAAUGAAGUAAGAGCAUCUUCAGAUAAUGUUCGUGAGAUUGAGAAUAGUAGUUCAAAAGAUGAUUCACCAAUGGUCGUUGCAGGCAACAUCCCUGAGGAAGAAUCAAAAUUGGUUAAAGAAAUUAAAUUACUUUUCUUACGAGAAAGGGUUUCCUUGAGUAAAAUUUUACAACUAAACAAAAAUGGAGAGUAUGGAAACAGACCACUUACUGAUACUGAAAUAAAUGAAUUAAAGAAACUGGCGAAUAUUACUCAAAAUUAUACUAAUGAAAUAAUAUCGAACUUGAUUGAAUCACAUAAUAGCAAUGAAGUUAAAGGAAAUACGUCAGCGUCGCAUACAUGA